UGUUUGUUCGCGGCUUAUUGUUGAAUGGAAGGUAAAACGGACGCCCGUACAAUGCAUGACACAUACUGAGGCAACGGCUAAACCAAAAGUUACACAGGCUGCUUCAUUGAAGGACGCUGCCGGUGAGUAACUCGAGGUCUACAGCCAAAGGGAGCUGCCCAUCCCACGCGCUCAUGAGCAACUGUGCCAGCGUUCCGAAACUAACGGGGCGUGGCCGACAUAUAGUUAGCUAAGAAGAAAACAUUAUCAGGGAGAUAUCGGACCAGUUCGGUGUAAUUGGUUGUCCCGCCAUUUCCCAGUAGAAGGAGGGGUUAGUGCCCGUUCACCCAUGAGCCAUUAGAUAACAAGAUACAGUGACAGCACGAGGUGAUCUAACGCUUGGACCUCUUUAUCAGCUGUCAAUGAAUUGGACGCAUUGAACAUUACACAGUGUGGAUUGUCGCAUUUCCUACUGAUCUUUCAUGAUCCUCAUUCAUUUGUUCACAUUGGAUAUAUCGAGUACUCCAAUAUAUAAACUUCAAGAUGUAUGCCAUCCACGUGCAGUGUCUGAUCUCCGUCAUCCUAUUCUUUGGAUUUAACACGUGCAUGGCGCAAGAUACUCCGUUGUCUACGAACACUUCAAUAUCGACCACAGCUCCCGCCAACCACAGUGUAAAUAAUGCUAUUUCUACGAAAGGAGCAACCGACAGCAUCUUUACAACGGGUGGCUCAGUUACCCCAUCUUCAACUGCAAUGGGCUCCACAACGCCUGCUACCACUCCCACAGCGGCCUCUACUGCUGCAUCCAACAACAAGACAACAAGAACCACCACAAUGCCAACAACAACAAGCAGCGUAACGAUGUCUUCAGCUCCUUCAACGACCAAAACUACAACUGCGCCAGCAGCAACCGGUGCGACAAAUUUACCAACUACAGUCAGCAGCACAACUUCUACACAAUCAACAACUCUAUCAACAACAACAAGUAGUACAACUGCUGUUCCAACAACAACUACAAAUAAAACAGUUGCUCCGACAACAACAAUCAGUACCAUAGCUGCUCAAACAACAACGACAACAGGAACGACUACUACCACAACUGCUCCUCCAACAACAACCAGUACAACCACAGUUCCAACAACUAGUACAACAGCUGCUCCAACGACAACAACCAGUACAACAAUAAGCAGCACAACUGUUCCUACAACAACAACCAGUACAACCAGUACAACCACAGCUCCAACAACUAGUACAACAGCUACUCCAACGACUGCUUCAACAAAGACAAGUAGCACUACUGAUCCAACAACAAGUAGCACAACUGCUCCAACAACAACAACAAGUAGCACUACUGCUCCAACAACAACAACAACAAGUAGCACAACUGUUGCAACAACAACAAGUAGCAUUACUGCUCCAACAACAACAAGUAGCACAACUGUUCCAACAACAACAACAAGUAGCACAACUGCUCCAACAACAAGAAGCACAACUGCUCCAACAACAACAAGUAGUACAACUGCUCAAACAACAACAAGUAACACUACUGCUUCAACAACAAGUAGCACAACUGCUUUAACAACAACAAGUAGCACAACUGCUCCAACAACAACAAGUAGCACAACUGCUCCAACAACAACAAGUAGUACUACUGCCCCGAUAUCGACAACAACUAGUACAACAAUUGCUCCGACAACAACAAGUACAACAGCCACUCCAGCAACAACAAGUAGCACAACUACUUCUACAACAAGUAGCACAACUGCCUCAACAACAAAUAGCACAACUGCUUCAACAACAAGUAUUACAACUGUUUCAACAACAAGUAGCACUACUGCUUCCACAACAAGCAGCACAGCCGCACCAAAAUCAACAAGCAGCACUACUGCUUCAACAACAAGGAGCACAACUCCUCCAACAACAACAAGUAGCACAACUCUUUUAGCUACAAGAACCAAUUCAACAACAGAAAAUAGGACAACUGCUGCCUCAACACCAACAGCCAGUGCAACGACCUUGCCAAUGAGUAGUUCUACUUCCAGCAAGCCUGCUGGCAGUACAAAAACAACCGUUAAUAAAAUUUCGACAACAUCGACAACAACCACCACCCCAGUUCCGGAUACGUCCUCGAAUAGAGCUUCAACCACGUCGGCUACCUCUUCAGUGGAUUCAACUUCAACAACGUUAUUAACAACGCCAAUCACUAUUGGACUAACUUCUUCCUCAGCCGUGCCACAAUCUACAACAACCACAGCAACAACAACCAUCGCCAUCCCAGUAUCUCAGAUUUUUCAUGGAAGAAUGACCUUUGAUGCAGUAUUCAUUUCUGCCUACAAUGAUACGUCAUCGCAAGAAUAUCUUACAUUCAAAAAUACAACGGAAAAACAACUGAAGGACAUAUACCAACCCCUAUCUCCCCAGUCUGUCACGAUCACCAGGUUAAGCCCAGGUAGUAUCAAGGUUGAAUACGAGAUGACACUGAGUCCAUCAACAAUCCAGCGCACUGCAGAGCAGGUUCAGCAAGUGUUUGAACAGGGCACAAAGGCCGGAAUCAUGGGGAGCUAUGCAAUUGUUGGAGGCUCCAUCAAUGUGACUGAAGCCACAGCUACAUCUACAACUGCGACAACAGUGCCUACAUCAUCUACGGUUUCUUCCACUAAAGGGUCUUCACCAAGUACAGCAUCUUCAACAUUGUCUACGGUAUCAACUACUGUAACCUCUACACCAAUAACAUCAUCUAAAACAUUGUCUACGGUGUCAACUACUGUAACUUCUACACCAAUAACAUCAUCUACCAUAUUGUCUACGGUGUCAACUACUGGGUCUCCUACGCCAAGUACAGCUUUUACAACACCGUCUACUUUGUCUUCUACUGCAUCUCCUACACCAAGCACAGCAUCUACAACAUCGUCUACUGUGACAACUACUGGAUCCUCUACACCAAGCACAGCAUCUACAACAUCGUCUACUAUGACAACUACUGGAUCCUCUACACCAAGCACAGCGUUUACAACAUCGUCUGCUGUGACAACUACUGGAUCCUCUACACCAAGCACAGCAUCUACAGCAUCGUCUACGAUGACAACUACUGGAUCCUCUACAUCAAGCACAGCGUCUACAACAUCGUCUACUAUGACAACAAAUGGAUCUUCUACACCAAGCACAGCAUCUACAACAUCCUCUACGAUGACAACUACUGGAUCCUCUACACCAAGCACAGCGUCUACAACAUCGUCUACUUUGACAACUACUGGAUCCUCUACACCAAGCACAGCGUCUACAACAUCGUCUACUAUGACAACUACUGGAUCCUCUACACCAAGCACAGCGUCUACUACGUCGUCUACUAUGACAACUACUGGAUCCUCUACACCAAGCACAGCGUCUACAACAUCGUCUACUGUGACAACUAAUGGAUCUUCUACACCAAGAACGGCAUCUACAUUAUCAUCUUUUGUGUCAAGAACAACGAUGCCAUCAACCGAAGCUCAGAAUGCAACAACAACCAUGACUAUGCCAUCAACUGUAGUGCAGAAUGCAACAUCAACCACGACUAUGCCAUCGACUGUAGCAGAGAAUGUCACAAUGUCAACAUCAUCGACACCAUUGUCUACUACUGGAUCAUCUACACCAAGUUCAGCAUCUACAACAUCGUCUUUUGUGUCAAGAACAACGAUGCCAUCAACCGAAGCUCAGAAUGCAACAACAACCACGACUAUGCCAUCAACUGUAGCACAGAAUGCAACAUCAACCACGACUAUGACAUCAACUGUAGCACAGAAUGUCACAAUGUCAACAUCAUCGACACCUUUGUCUACUACUGGAUCAUCUUCACCAUCAUCUGCUACUGGAUCUACGUCGACAACUGUGUCCACUGUGUCUACGACUGCGGCUUCUAAACCAAGUACAACAUCGACAACAGUAUCUGCUGUGUCUACUACUGGAGAGUCUACAUCAACUUUUUCAACCACUGGGGGAUCAACACCAAGUACUGCAUCUACCACUUUGUCUGCUGUAUCUACUACUGGAGCUUCUACAGGAAGCACAGCGUCUACAACUUUAUCUAUUGUGUCUACUACAUCUACUAGAGCAACGACAUCGACUGAAGCUAAGAACGCAACAUCAUCUCCAACUAUGGCAUCAACUGUAGCCCAAAACACAACAGCUUCGACUACAUCUUCCACUGCGGCUACCACUGCGGGUACCACUCCAAGUGCAGCAACUUCGAGUUCUACAGUGUCAACAACUGUGACUACACAGGCACCAACUACAACCACACUUGGACCACCUCAGACAUUUAGAGGGAAGAUUAAAGUCGACCUAGUUUUCUAUCCUGUCUACUUAAAUAAUCUCACAGAGGCUUACGCCGGUCUUGUGUACGGUAUGAGGGUACAUCUUUUGGAGAUCUACAAACCUUUAAACCCAACAGAUGUUCAUAUCAUAAAUUUAAGCAAUGGUAGUAUUAUCGUUGUGUAUGACGUAACUUUCGCCCCUACUUCAACACCCAUCACCCCACAGCAGGUGCGACAGGUGUUUGACCAAGGGACAUCAGACGGCUUAAUAGGAACACAUCGAUUUGAAAGGGAAUCUUUUGUAAUAUUCGAAACAACACCAGGUACCGUAUCUUCUACAACAACACGUGUUCUGACUACAACUGCAACGACAAAUACAACGCCCACUCCAACCACUGUAACGACUACAUUGCCAGCCACCACAGUGGCGUUAACUGCAGCCCAAAACACCACAGCGUCUGCAAGUACGCCAUCAACUGUGGCGCAGAACACAAUGUUAACCACUACCAUGCCAUCAACUGUAGCUCAGAAUGCAACAUUAACUACAAAAAUACCAUCAACUGUAGGUCACACUGCAACAUCAAACACAACUAUGGCGUCAACUCUAGCUCAGAAUUUAACAUCCACCACGACUUUGGCAUCAACUGUAGCUCAGAAUGCAACAGUCACGACUAAUGCAAUGACUAAAGCUCAGAAUGUGACGUCAACCACGACUAUGCCAUCAACUUUAGUUCAGAAUGUAACAUCAGCCACGACUUUGCCAUCAACUGUAGCUCAGAAUGCAACAUCAGACACGACUUUGCCAUCAACUGUAGCUCAGAAUGCAACAUCAACCACGAUUGUGGCAUCAACUGUUUCUCAGAAUGCAACAACCACAGCUAUGCCAUCAACCAUUGCUCAUAAUAUAACAUCUACCACGACUAUUCCGUCAAGUGUAACUCAAAAUGCAACACUAACUACGAUUAUGGCAUCAACUGUAGCUCAGAAUGCAACAUCGACCACUAUUAUGGCAUCAACUGUUUCUCAGAAUGCAACAACCACAGCUAUGCCAUCAACAUCAACCACGACUGUGCCAUCAACUGUAGCUCAGAAUGCAACAUCGACCACGAUUCUGGCAUCAACUGUUUCUCAGAAUGCAACAACCACAACUUUGCCAUCAACCGUUGCUAAUAAUUCAACAUCAACUAUGACUAUUCCAUCAACUGUAGCUCAAAAUGCAACAUCCGCCACUUCUAUGCUAUCAACUGUGACCCAAAAUGAAACAUCAGCCACGACUAAAGCGUCAACUGUAGCUCAGAAUGUAACAUCAGCCACAACUAUGCCAUCAACUAUAGUUCAGAACGUAACAUCAGCCACGACUAUAGCUUCAACUGUAGCUCAGAAUGUAACAUCAGCCACGACUGUAGCAUCAACUGUAGCUCAAAAUGCAACAUCAACCAUGACUAUGGCAUCAACUGUAUUUCAGAAUGUAACAACAACCACGGCUAUUCCACCAACUGAAGCUCAGAAUGCAACUACCGCGACUAUGCCAUCAACUGUUGCUCAGAAUGCAACAAUCACAAUGAAGACAUCAACUCUUGCUCCAAAUGCAACAUCAACUACGGCAAUGCCAUCAACUGGAGCUGAUAAUACAAUAUCAAGCACGACUAUGUCAUCAACUGUUGCUCAAAAUGUAACAUCAGGCACGACUGUGGGAUCAACUGCUGCUGAAAAUGCAACAUCCACUGCUACUGUGCCAUCAACUGCAGCUCAGAAUGCAACAACAACCACCACUUUGUCAACAACUGUCGCUCAAAAUGUGACAUCAACUACAACUAUGAUAUUUACUAUUCCUCACAAUGAAACUUCAACCACAGCAUUGACUUCGACUUUAUCUCAUAAUGCAACAUCAACCACGGCAAUGACAUCAACUGAAGCUCAGGACACAACAUCAACAACGAUUAUGCCAUCAACUGUAGCCCAGAAUGUAACAUCAACCACGACUUUACCAACAACUGUGGCUCAAAAUGUAACAUCAACCACGGUAAUGCCAUCAACUGAAACUCACAACACUACAUCAGCAACUAUUAUGCCAUCAACUGUAGCUCAGAAUGUAACAUCAACCACUGUAAUGCCAUCAACCGAAGCUCAGAACACUACAUCAACAACUACUAUGCCAUCAACUGUAGCCCAGAAUGUAACAUCAACUACGACUUUGGGAUCAACUGUGGCUCAGAAUGUAACAUCCGCAACGACUGUGCCUUCAACUGUAGCCCAGAAUGUAACAUCAACCACGACUGUGCCAUCAACCGUAGCUCAAAAUACAACAACAACCACAACUGUGCCAUCAACUGUGGCCCAAAAUGCAACAUCAGCCACUACUAUGGCAUCAACUGUUGAACAGAAUGCAACAUCAACUACAACCAUGCCAUCAACGGUGGCAGAGAAUGCAACAGUGUCUACAGGAUCGACACCGUCUAGUACUGGAUCUUCUACAGUUAGCACAGCUCCCACCACAGUGUCUACUAUUUCCACUACUAUAACUUCUACAUCGAGCACAGCAUCUACAACAUCGCCUACUGUGUCUACUACCAUAACUUCUACAUCGACUACAGCACCCAAAACAACAUCAACAGUGUCCACAACAGUGACAACUUCAUUACCAACUACUUCCUCGACUCCUUCAAUUUCGAUAACGACAGCUGCAGGUUCGACAAAAGUAGACCAAACCUCGACUACAGAAAGUCCAGUGUCCACAACAGUGACAACUCCAUUACCAACUACUUCCUCGACUCCUUCCAUUUCCUUAACGACAGCUGCAGGUUCUACAAUAGUAGACCAAACUACAGAAAGUCAAGUGACCACAACAAUGACAGUGUCAGCGAAUACAACUGCCGGUUUAGUUGAAACUACUACUGAAGAGAGACUGUAUGCUGUUGUUCGGAUUACCCUGCGCCUCACUAAUAUUUUUUACACUCCAAGCCUUGCAGAUUCCAAGUCAAGUGAAUACCUGUUGCUGCGUUCCCGCUUUGUCAGUGCGAUGGAAACAUUCCUUCUCUCCACUGUGUUCGGCGGUUCUUAUGAGCGGAUUGCUUCUGUCACUUUCAGUAAUGGUAGCGUAGUGACGACAUUUGACGUGUAUUUCUCCACGCCUGUCAGUGUGGCGGCUGUCCGGCUCUUAUUCCUGAAUCAAACGACAGGAGGAAACUCGUUUGGAAUCUUUGAAUUCGAUCAAGCUGCGUCAGUAGUUGAAGGAGUAGUCCAAACAACUACCACGUCCACAACGCCUGUCUCAACUACCACAAUCAAGAACCCAGCGACCCCUGCAGAAAUAUCAAGUCCAGAAUUCAUGUUCCUGGACUGGCAGCUGGCCCUCCUCAUCACUGGCUGUAUCAUCGUGUUCUUCCUCAUCAUACUUCUCUGUGCAACUUGUUGCACAAAAUACCAUCGCAAGAAGUCUGAACUUCGCAAGAAAGCCAUAUAUCAACAGAGAAUGAACGAAAAAUCACAGUCGAACGCAGCAUACGAUAACUUCAUACUGGCAGCCAAGGCGGCCCAGCCCCCUGAAGACUUCAGAGAGCUCGAGGAGAUUCAGACGGCCAACCAGUACUUAAAUAUCAUAGAUGAGAUAGCUAGUCCAGAAAACGAACUCAGCAGGGUACCGGGGCCAUCUCAAAGUAAUAGCGGCAGUUCGGGGAGUACGUCAGGGAGCGAAUCUAACCUGGCUACUAGCUCCAAAAACUACGAAAAAGGAUAUGACAAUAAAGUGAUAAUUUACACGGACGAUGAAACAAAGACUUAUUACGACCAAGUGGCUGAAACGUGGGAAACUCAUAUGUGAUUUUAUGACAAGAGUUUUACAUAAAUCAUAAUAUAAGAGUUUUACAUGAAUCCAAAUAUUUUAAUUUCAUUGUUAUACAUUUCGUUUCAUAAAAACACAAAACGUCCUCUUGCAUCAUUGUAAAUAUUGUGGAUUACACAAUAAAACUCGCAUCAUCCUCAUUCAUAACUUCAUCAGUCGCGAGAUUAAGGGUUGUUUUUUAGAUAGCCUUUUUAUUGGUAUGAGAGGAGAAUCGUAAGGAUCUUUUCUGCUCUGGGAAAUCUGGUCAUCCAUCCUUAUUUAGCUUUGCCAAUUUCCACUCACUUCUUAAGCGGAGUCCAAUUACAUAGGGAGUGAGUGAAUGAGGGAGUGACGCGGUCGCACCAGCACAGAAACUGAGAGGUAUUGUUAAGAUAAGUUCAAUAUACGUUAGAAAUGAAUGAAGAGUUUGAAGACGCGAUGGUCUCUGCUAGACCGCUCACAGGUGGAUGUGCUGGUGCUCCAUGUAAACGCAUGUAAUACCAGUAUAUCCAAAACAGUACAUACACAAACGUCCACAUACUUUUUGCGUCCUUGUUUUAUUGUACUGAUCACAAUGGGUAUUUAGUUGGCAUCGACUUUUAUGUACAUACAAUAUUAUAUAUUAGUAUUUGUUUUAUUUUGUACAGAAAAUAGGCCUAUCUCGUGUUUAAUGUGAUGAUUCAAAUGUUAAACAUCUAUAUUAGGAUUAGACGUACGUAGGUCUAUUUAUAUAAUGAAUAGUUUUUAUGAUAAUUGCCUACGUAUUUAUUCAUACUUUAAAUUAUAUAGUAAGCACAAAUAAAAUCAGUACAUUGCAUAAUCCAUAUCCUGAUCCACAUCCUGCAAUUGAGGGAAGUCUCAUUAUUAAGAAGGCCAGUGAGUACAGGCGUGACAUGUACUCAUACAAAAGUUAUCAUACUGUCCGCGUCGCAAUUUUUAAUGGAAGCUGCCGAGGCAGCCCUGUUUUAGAGAAAUAGAUAUUGUACAAUAAAAUUCUUUUUUAUACAUGUAGUUAAAUAUGUUUGUUUAU